AUGUCACAAGUCAUAUCCAGCUCCCUGCUGGGAGGAGCCCAUGCGGUGUGCCUGGCACCCCAUGAGGAACCCAGCCGAUCCCUGCAUCCAGCACCCAGCCCUAGCCUGCCUCCCCAGUGUCCUUACUAUACCACGGAAGGUUGGGGAGCCCAGACUCUGAUGGCCCUCACUCCCUGCAAGGGGCCCUCCAGCAGGCCCCAGGAGCCCCCACAGACCAGGGCCAAAGCUAGCUGCCUCCUGCCAUCCCCCAGUGAGCAGACCUCAGAGAUCCCUGAGGACCAAACCUCCUACGUUGACUUUUCCCUGGAGAGCCUCAACCAGAUGAUCUUGGAACUGGACCCCACUUUCCAGCUGCUUCCACCAGGGAUUUGUGUCCCCCAGGUUGAGCCUGCCCACAACACAACCUUGAGGAAAAAGGAGGAGCCUGAAGCUUUGGAUAUAAAGUACAUCGAGGUGACCUCCAGAUCCAGGUGCCAUGAGAGCCUCCAGCGCUGCUCCAGCUCAUCCAUCAACCCUCCCUUCGGCUCCCCCCGAAGUGGAGGCCUCCUUCUCUCCAGAGAAAUUCCCCGAGAGACUCGAAGCAGCAAUGAGAGCCUCAUCUUCUCCGGGAACCAGGACCUCAUCUUCUCCGGGAACCAGCACCCCAUUUCACCUUCUGGGGCUCUUUCUUCUCACCUCCCACUUUCUCCGAGCAUCUCUAUUCCAUGCACAGGGAGCAAAGUCUUGGGCUUUCACAGCUCAGGCUCCCCACUGGUGGCUUCUCCAGGCCCUGAGAAAAGGCCAGGGCACCUGACCCCUCAGCGGAACAGCAGAAUCUCUGUGCUGUCGGCCAGUCCGGGGUCUGAAGUCAGCUAUGUAUUUGGAAGUAACCCAUCCCUCCUCCACUCCAGCAUCUCCAGCCAUCAGUCAUCUUCUAGAUCCUUGGAGAGUCCAGCCAGCUCUGUUUCCAGCCUCCAGAGCCUUGGUCCAACAUCCUUGUGCACAAAGCCCAGUGAAUUCCACAUCCCAAGCCAUCGCACCCCAAGCAUGAGCCAACCCAGAGUGACUCACUCUCCACCACUGACCAAGGAACAUGCCAGUAGCUGCCCUCCAUCUGUCACCAACUCCAUGGUGGACAUACCUAUUGUGCUGAUCAAUGGCUGUCCAGAAGCAGGGUCUCCCCAACCCCAGCAGACCUCGGAACACCAGAGCUUCGUCCGACCUGGGGCUGCUACUUCCAGCAACCCCUGUCCAGCCACAGGGAACCACAGCCAGAAUCUGCCAGAUACCUCCAUUAUCACAUCCCUGGAGGGUUCCUCCAAGGACAUGCAGCCCACCAUGAAGUUUGUGAUGGACACAUCAAAGUACUGGUUUAAGCCAAGUAUCACCCGAGAGCAAGCAAUUGAGCUGCUGAGGAAGGAAGAGCCGGGGACUUUUGUCGUGAGGGACAGUUCUUCAUACCGAGGCUCCUUUGGCCUUGCUCUGAAGGUGCAAGAAGUCCCUGCAUCUGCUCAGACCCGACCAGGCGAGGACAGUUGUGACCUUAUCCGACACUUCCUCAUCGAGUCUUCCGCCAAAGGGGUUCAUCUGAAAGGAGCGGAUGAGGAGCCCUACUUUGGCAGCCUCUCCGCCUUUGUGUGCCAGCACUCCAUCAUGGCCCUGGCCCUGCCCUGCAAACUCACCAUCCCGCGGAAAGAACUGGGAGGCGGUGAUGGGGCCCUCAACCCCUGUGCUGACAGCCCAGCCCCCUGCCUGAAGAAAUCUGCGGGCUGCCACGUCCUGUACUUGACCUCCGUGAGUGUGGAGACCCUGACUGGUGCCAAGGCUGUGCAGAAGGCCAUCUCGACCACCUUUGAGAGGGAUGUCCUCCCCACACCCACAGUGGUCCACUUCAAAGUCACUGAGCAGGGCAUCACCCUGACCGAUGUCCAGAGGAAGGUGUUUUUCCGGCGCCAUUAUCCCCUCGCCACCCUCCGCUUCUGUGGCCUGGACCCCGAGCAAAGGAAGUGGCAGAAAUACUGCAAGCCCUCCUGGAUCUUUGGGUUUGUGGCCAAGAGCCAGACAGAGCCCCAGGAGAACGUGUGUCACGUCUUCGUGGAGCAUGACACCGCCCAGCCAGCCACGCAGGUCAUCGACCUGGUGGGCGCCCUGCUGCAAGACGCAGAAAGGAUGUAG